AACGUACUACUCACAUCGUUACUUUUCAUUCGUUGCUGUAUUGCAUACUUUAUACUCACUGUGCAAGUUGGUUUACAAGUUACAUACUACCUGACCGAAUACGGUUCAUUGGUGGGUGAUAAAAUUGGUUGUACCACAUUAUUUGAGCGUUUCCGUGCCUUAUUUGGCAAAAGAUAAGAACUGUUCUUACAUAGUAUAUAUUCCUGGUUGUCUAUGAUUUCUGUUCUUUGGAUUUUCUCCUAUAUCACACUGCUAUUUUACUUAUUUAUUGUGUUAUUUUGCAUUGCUGUUGGACUGUUUUACGUGACUGAGUUAGUUGAAGAAUAUAUUGUCACCACAGGGAAGAUAAUACGCUGUACAAUAUACGCAGAGUUUAUACUUCAUUUUAUCCUUUUUAUAACGGAUGAUGUUUCCAUAAUACUUACACUGACUGGAAUAAUAUGUCAUUGCUUCUAUAUUUCUCUGUUGAAAACGUUUCCUGCCUUUCAUUAUCAGUCAUUCGGCUUUUUGAGUAGUGCCUUAAUGUUGAUUAUUCACCAUCUAGUGGCAUUUCGUGUAUUUCUGAGCAGUCCAGUUCCAUUUUUAUAUCUGAUAGCUUAUUUUACUUUCUUCUUAUGGGCCGUUCCUUUUCUUUUUCUCAUCUCAUUAUCAGCUAAUGACUUAGUUCUACCACAGACUGUUGAAUUUAGAUUGCCUUAUGAAACUGAGUUUUCUUUAAAUGGUCAACAGCAGCAUGACGUUGUUUCUGCAUAUUUAAAUUGUAAAAGAAAAAGCCUUUAUUCUCUACUUGCUUAUUUACGUGAAUUCAGUGUGCCUCCACGUUCGAAAAAGGGUUUUUGAUAUCUAAUAGCUUAUUUCAUCAUUUCUUUCACUAGGUUUUCUUUUGCUUAGCAUUUGCACACACGGUCAAAUUUUUUACUGACUUGAUUGGUUUCAGCUAUGUACCACAAUGUCAAAUGUUUCAAAAGUGUUUGCCUUAAAAUUCACUUGUAUAAAACAUGGGAUAAUUUUUUCUUAUGUCAAAAUAAUAACGGGGUUUUUCCAACAGGUUGCGUUUUCUAAAUUGUGAUACUGCUCCGAACCAUCAGAUUCUCUUGUUUCCUAUGCAGAUUCAUGUCAGUCAUGAGUUUUUAUGUGCAAAAACAUCACAAGCAAUUUUUAUUGCAUCCCGAAUGUACAUGGGAUUCUUUUGAGGAAUGGAAUGCAAAUACAAAUGCUAUGUGAAAAAGAACUGCCACUCUUCAUAUCACUGUGACGACAGAAAGUAAGCAAAUGAGAUUCAUAAUGGUGAAAAUAAUGAUGAUAAUGUUGGUAGAGAACCAUGACAGCUGUUUCCUUGACGUGGUGGUCGGGCUCAGCAUAUCACAAUGAUCCA